CCCUUACGCUGGGCCCCUUCCCCGCCCCCCGCCUGCCCGCAGCCUCCGCGGCCCGCGGUGGGGCCCGAUGGAGGGAGGCGGCCGGGACAGAGGCAACCCCCGGACAGCCCCGGGUCGCUGCCCCACACCGUCCCGCUUGGCAGGCCGCAGCCGCCCGCCGAGGGCCGCGGUGUGGGCGGGCGCCUGGGGAGCCCGGGCCCCGCACGGGCAGCGCUGCCUCCCGCCAGCGGUUCCCCGGGCAGGGCGGGGCUGGGGCACCUCGGAGAGGCGGUGUGGCUGGGCAGGCCUCCCCGACCAGCCGGCAGGAGCCUUUGGGAUAGUGAAAGGACCUUAAGUUCUCCCUGUUUUAUCGCCCUGCCGCGCCCCACAGCCAGCUGCUGCUCGCCUCUGCCUCCCAAAGGGCUGGAUGUUCCUCAUCCCCAUGGCUCAUCCCUGGGUUUCUCUGUCGUUGGCAUUACUUCUGCCAUUCCCACCCAGGUCUCACCCUAUACUCAACCUGCCCUGCGAAACAGCCCUGCUGACAUAGUUAUGGGGCAACCUCUGGCUUUCUUACUGUCCAGAUGUUACAUUUCAGGCAGGCUCCCCUUCCCACCAGUGCCUGCGGGAUGGAGACAGGGCUGGUGAACCCUUGGGUGGAUGAGGAUGCUGCUGCCCGAGGCAGGGUCUGCCUGCCAGCACCUGGACAGGGCAGCUUGAGGAAGGGAUGUGCUGAGCUCAGCCCUAGAGAGACUCCGUGGCGUCUUCAGCAGGCUGGGGUCUGAGGGGUGAUGGCAGACAAGCUGCUCCUGAAUGUGCGGAAGGAAUUUGUGGAGCGUGUGAGCAAGGCAGUGAUCUCUGGGCUGCUGGACGAGCUGCUGGCCCAAGGGGUGCUGAGCCUGGAGGAGGUGGACGAGGUGAACGACAGACACACAGUGCGCACUGACAAGGCCCGCUGCCUCAUCGAUGGUGUGCGCCUGAAGGGCUGCAGGGCCAGCCAGAUCUUCAUCGACAGCCUCAGGAACCGUGAUGGCAUCUUGGCGGAGCAGCUGGGUCUGGCUGCUGAGUUGGGGUCCGCUGGCAUGCAACUGGUCUCCCCCAACACUGAGACCUCCCCUGGGCCUCUUGUUGAUAUCCAGGGCGAGCAGUGGAUCCGGCAGUGCUCCGUGAGCGAGUACCAGCACAUCAUGGACACAGAGGGAAACCAGAUCUAUCCCAUCCAUCUACCACGGGAGACACGAACCCGUAGGGCGCUACUCAUCUGCAACAUUAAGUUUGAGCACUUGAAACAGCGGGAUGGGGCUGAAGUGGACGUGGAGGGGAUGACAAAGCUGCUCGAAGGGCUGGGCUAUGUGGUCGACAUCCAUUGCAACCUAACUUCCCAGGAGAUGGUUAAGGUCAUGAAGGAUUUUGUGGAUCUAAGAGAGCACCGGACCUCUGACAGCACCUUCCUGGUCUUCAUGUCCCAUGGGGUCAGGGCUGGGCUCUGUGGGACCAAGAGCAGAAACGAGACCACAGACAUCCUUUCCCUUGACACCAUCUAUGAGAAGUUCAACAACAAGCACUGCCAGGCGCUGCUGGGCAAACCCAAAGUGGUCAUUAUCCAGGCCUGCCGUGGAGGCAACAUAGGGUCCGUGAUGGUGAGCGACUCCACAGACCCUGCCAUGCCAACUCCUAGCUCAGUUCACAUGAUCCCUGAAGGGCUGGAAGAUGAUGCCAUCUUUCAAGUCCACCUGGAGAGUGAUUUUGCCACUUUACAUUCUUCCACGCCUGAUACCCUCUCCUGGAGACACCCAGAAAAAGGCUCCAUUUUCAUCCAGAACCUGAUACAGCAGUUUCGAAACCACGCCUGUGACAGUGACUUACAGGAGAUCUUCCGAAAGAUACAAAACUCCUUUGGAAAUUUCCCUCGGCAGUUGCCGUCACAAGAACGGACUACAAUGCUCAGGAAGUUCUACCUCUUCCCCGGCCACUGAUCUCCUGCCCUCAGUGAAAAAACAAUACAAGGACCACAAAAAUGUUUGAAUUUGAGGGUAAUACAGCAGGAAACUCAAGCUGAAGGCAAAUGCAGCCCUGCUCCAGAAAGAUGCGCUUCUUCAGAGAAGAGGAACAGCCAAGAAUAGCCCUGCAGAAACACAGUCACUCUCUAAACCUGCUACUUAUGGCCUCUCUGCUACGCACUUACAAACAGACCUGCAAUAAAAUAGUCCUUUGUCUCCUGUC